AUGGACUUCACGGCAAGAGCAUGCAGAUUCGGCCUGCUGGCUGCAUUACUGCUGCAGCCAGCAUCUGGGGCAACCGUCUCUCACGACUUCAACAUUGGCUGGGUGACUGCGAACCCAGACGGCGCUUUUGCCCGUCCAGUCAUUGGAAUCAAUGGGCAAUGGCCGAUUCCGCGGAUCGAUGCGAACGUGGGGGAUACCAUUCUCAUUAACGUCCAGAACAACCUGGGUAAUCAGUCGACUUCCCUCCACUUCCACGGCUUGUUCAUGAACGGAACAACGCAUAUGGACGGACCUUUACAAGUCAGCCAAUGUGCCAUACCACCAGGCUCAUCGUUCACAUACAACUUCACUAUUCAGCAGCCCGGCACCUAUUGGUAUCACUCACACACCCAGUCUCAGUACCCCGACGGCCUGAGGGGCCCGGUCGUCAUCCACGAUCCCGACUCCCCAUUCAAGGGUCAGUACGAUGAGGAGGUCGUCGUGACGCUCUCCGACUGGUACCAUGACCAAAUGGCCGAUCUCAUCCCUCCCUUCAUGAGUAAGGGAAACCCGACAGGCGCCGAACCCGUUCCUCAAGCAGCCCUCAUGAACGAUACCCAGAACCUCACGGUCGCCGUCCAACCUGGGAAGACGUAUCUCUUCCGAAUGGUCAAUAUGGCAGCGUUCGCAGGCCAGUAUGUCUGGAUCGAGGGUCACAACAUCUCCAUUGUCGAGGUCGACGGCGUGUACACGGAGCCGGCGGACGCAAGCAUGAUUUACCUCGCCGCCGCACAGCGCUGCAGCUUCCUCGUCAAGACUCUGAACGAUACCAGCUCCAACUUUGCCAUCGUUGGUAGCAUGGACACGUCCCUGUUCGACACCCUCCCGCCAGACCUCAACUACAACGUCACGGGAUGGCUCGUCUACGAUUCAUCCAAGCCGAUGAACCAGGCUGCGACACUCGACAGCUUUGCGCCCUUCGACGACAUGACCCUUGUUCCCUACGACAAGCAACCCUUGCUCACCUCGCCUUCGCAGACCGUCGAGUUGGACGUAAUCAUGGACAACCUAGGCGACGGCGCAAACUACGCCUUCUUUAAUGAUAUCACUUACAAAGCCCCCAAAGUACCCACGCUUUACACGGCUCUCUCGGCGGGAGGCAACGCAACAAACCCGCAGGUCUACGGAACAUAUACACACAGCUUCGUCCUCGAGCGCGACGAGGUCGUGCAAAUCAUCGUCAAUAACCUUGACCCUGGCCGCCACCCCUUCCAUCUCCACGGCCACAACUUCCAGGCACUCUACCGCGCUCCCGAGGAAGGCGGAACGUUUGAAAAUGCGAACGUCUCAGAGGCGGACUUCCCAAAGACCCCCAUGCGGAGAGAUACCCUCGUCGUCUGGCCCAAUGGCAACAUCGUGCUCCGCUUCAAGGCCAACAACCCCGGCGUCUGGCUCUUCCAUUGCCAUAUUGAAUGGCAUGUUACUUCUGGCCUGAUGGCAACGUUCGUCGAGGCACCGCUUGACCUGCAAAAGAGCCUCACAAUCCCCCAGAACCACAAGGAUGCAUGUGCUGCGGGCAACGUGCCCAUCACUGGCAACGCGGCGGCGAACACCCUGGACUAUCUCGACCUGUCCGGCCAGAACACCCCGCCAGCGCGUCUCCCAGACGGAUUCACCGCUCGUGGCAUUGUUGCCCUUGUUUUCAGCUGCACCACUGGCAUCCUCGGCGUCCUUGUGGUGGCGUGGUACGGCCUGGCGAAGACGAACGACGGACCCUCCGGGGCGGGGUAUACGGCACCAACGACCGGAGCGGCGUCCGGAGCGGGGCAUGUCAGCGAGGACCAGCAUGAAAAGGAGCCGAUUAUUUGA